UGUAAACACUAAACACUACUGCCUAACUAGACAGCUUUCUUGGUUUUUCUCCUCCUAUAUAUACGCAUAUUAGUGCUCAUCCUUUCAAACAGUUCACAAACAACUUUUGUACUGAAGCCUGGAUUUCUCAGCUUAAGUUUCAACUCCACAACUUCAUCUCUCUCUCUCUCUCUCUCUCUCUCUCUCUCUCUCUCUCUCUCUCUCUCUCUCUCUCUCUCUCUCUCUUUCUCUUCAUAUAAUUAGAUAUGGGAUUAAGAGAGGUAGAGUCUACUCUCCCUCCAGGUUUCAGGUUCUAUCCCAGCGAUGAAGAGUUGAUCUGCCAUUAUCUUCAAAAGAAGGUGGCAAAUGAAAGCGCUUCUCAGGGAACGUUGGUGGAAGUUGAUUUGCACAGACUUGAGCCAUGGGAGCUACCUGAGGUGGCGAAGAUGAGUUUAAAUGAGUGGUAUUUCUUCAGCUUUCGUGAUCGCAAGUAUGCUACAGGAUUAAGAACAAAUAGAGCAACAAGAUCAGGAUACUGGAAGGCCACAGGAAAGGACCGAAUGGUCUACAAUCCAAGGACACUUUCCAUGGUUGGGAUGAGAAAGACCUUAGUGUUCUACCAUGGUAGAGCACCAAGUGGCUUAAAGACUAAUUGGGUCAUGCAUGAAUUUCGCCUUGAGACACCCCAUUCUCCACCUAAGGAAGAUUGGGUCCUUUGCAGAGUAUUCCACAAAAGAAAAGGGGAAGGAGAAAAGGAAACUAUGAGCAAUGGCUAUAAUACUAACUCACCAACCUUUCAGUACUCAAGCUCGCUUAUUGCUACUGAGCAACAACCACUAGGCUCUGAGGAACUGAAUUGGUGCUCGUUAUCCACUUCUAAAUACACAGAAAAUGAUCAUAACUCAAGCUUCAUCCAAAAUUUAAUGGAAUGCAAUACGGGUAAUAUUGAUGAACAAUGUGGGCCUUUGUGGGAUGUGGGGCUUGAUGGUAGCCAUGGUAUUGUAAGCUUUGAAGAACUAGGUUUCUCUAUAGAGAGAAAGGAUAAUAAUAUUUACUUCUAAUGAUCAUGUCAUGUAUCUACAUAAUGAUAUUUUUAUAUAGUAAAUUAAGGAUAAUAUAUAUAUAUAU